ACGUCAUUUCCGGGUGGGUGUCCCCAAUGUCCCUCAGGUGUUUCCGUAGCACGUCGGAAUUUAGCUUCGCCGCCGCGGACUUCACUUCGUGUGUUUUAUAUAUACUUUAAUCUUAUUUAAAAAGAGACAUGUUUAAAGUCAGGAGUCUGUGUAAAGCCCGCGUUUGUUUUAUCCCUAAAUUGUUGAGUCGAACUCACGAAUCACCUUCGUUGGCUUCUUUUUGCAGCAGACUGACCGGAAGUGCUCUUCAGCCGGCCAGAAGGACGCCGCUUCAGCACACCCGCUCCCACACGCCAUGGACCGCCAGUCUCUCCACCGCGCCUCGGUCUGACCCCGGGGACCUGAUCUACACCGGCUCUCUGGCGGCUGCAGUCCGUGGUGUGAAGGCGUUCUCCUACAGCUCCAGUGGGGCGAGUCUCUUACUCAUGCCGCAGAUCCUCUUAAAGACCGGCCUGGGAGUCCAGAGUCUGGCCAUGCAGGCGGCCUUCUGCGGCGUCAUCGGCUUCUUCACCUUCUUCACGCCGGUGUUCCUCCACUUCAUCACCAAGGGCUACGUGGUCCGCCUCUACCACAACCCCGACACGGACACUUACACCGCCGUCACCUACAGCGUCAUCCUCACCGAGCGCCGGACGGUCUUCCGUCAGGACCAGGUCCGGGUGCCGGCCAUCAGCAAGAUGUUCACCACCUUCUGCGCCGACAACACGGGGCUGCUGGUCAACCCCGACCUCUUCGCCGCCCCCCAGGACUACAACCACCUGAUGGGCUACGAUAAACCCUUCACCUUCCACCCUGACGACCAGUGACUCGGGAGUCCUCCUGUUCAAUAAAGACAUGUCCAGAGAAAA